CGUCUUUUCUUCUUCUUUUCAUCUACAUUCCCUGUCUCUUAGCUAUUUCCUUCCUUAUUGUGAGGUCAUUAUCCAGCUACAUCCAUGUCUACACUACCCUUCCCUCGAUGAAACAUUUCCACGACCACCACAUCAGUCUACAACUACUACUGGAUCUACCCGCCAGAUCCCCCGCCUCCACUUUAAUCUUCAUCUCCACCUCCACCAUCAACAAACCACAAUGACUCCAAUCCCGAUCCCACGAAUACCACCACCACCAGAUCUCAACCUCCUCAUUCCACCUCCAUUUUCAGAAAAACCCCAACCAUCCUUUCUAUCCCUCCGAAGCAUCAUCCCCUCCACCCUCCUCAAACGCUCCUCCGCCGCCUUCAUCCCCGGAACCUAUAACAGUCACGGCCUCUCACCCGGUGCCGUCGCCGGCGUCAUCAUCGGCAGCGUCCUAGGCUUCAUCUUCCUCCUAUACUUAAUAUUCCUCGCCUUGGGUUCCGGACGACGCUUCUCUAGCGAACCCAGUACCGCGACGUCGGCAACAAUGUCGGAGGUGGUGGUGGAGGAAGAGGGAAGCUCGAUUUCGCGACGACCACCACGGCGUCGGCGGCGCGAAGUUGUCGAGGAGAUCGUUGAUAGCGGCGGAAGUCGGCGGAGUCGCAGGUCAAGAGCCAGUCGGGGGAGAGAUUCGCGCAUUGUCGUGGAAGAGUCGGUUACAUCGUCUGGUCCGUCGAAUGUGGUUGAGGUGGAGGAGGAACAUUCCAGUGUGGAGGGGCCGGGAGGAAGUGGGCGGAGGAGACGCAGUCGGCCGGGUCAUUAUCGGGCUGUGGAUCCGUUGGCGUAUGGGGGGUUGACGGAGGAUGAGAGUUUGAGGUCUUAGCCGAGGACCUGGGUAGCGGGUGAAGUUGAUGUCGAGUGAUUGCUAUUGUGUUUUGUUAUAUAAGGCUGUCGUUGCGAUUUGGUCCUGUCCUUCGACGAUGAUUUGAUACCCUGCCCUGUGAUGUUUCAUGAUUAGGUUUAAUUUGCGAGUCAGUUUUGCACGAAAAAGAACGCAUACACGAACGGAACUAGAAAUGAAUAAUGUUAAUUACUACCGAUGUAAAUAUGAUUGGAUUUCAACGAAAGUGACCGACUCGAGUAGUCGUCCAAAGACCAU